ACGUCAUCGCGCCUUACGUCAACUCUAAAAAAAAACGAAGUGGGAUUUCUCUCCACCAGGCGUACACUCUCCCUGUUUUACGUAUUGUAAUACGAUUUUUUUUGUACAUUUAUCCGCUUGGCCUACGUCGUACAAACCAAACACACACGUUACUGCCGUCACGGAACAUGGCCAUCGAAUGUGACCUGGCCCGGGGGACGAAAACCGACGCUUCUCUCUGAGCUAAGCUAACGUUCUUGCGUCUAUAAGCAAACUCGCUAGCCUAGGAGGUAGCGUUAGCAUCGUUAGCUUUUUUGCAACGAAGCUACAUUGCUAGGCGGUAGCCUUGCCAAGCUAGCGCGCUAAUAAGUGACUUGGUUUAUCAAAAGGUAAACAACAGAGCUUUUCCAGAGUACGGGAUCGGCGAUCGCGUCCCUCGGGGCCCAAUGGCGCCACACGCGCACGAAUUCGGCUCCUAAAUUCGCGCGGUGAAGUGCGGGGGUAAAAACGGGGGCUCGCACAGACAGCCCCGUCCGUCGGCGACGAUCAACAAUACAAAUCUCGGAUCCCCGCCGGUGAGGCCAAGCCAGCUAACGCCAGCUAGCUCCCCGCCAGCGGAGGGUGGCUGCGAGGGGCUGGUUGAACCGCCCGCCUGAACCUCCACCCGACCCCGGUCUGGAGGUUUGCUACCCGCCACCCGACCCCGGUCUGGAGGUCUGCUACACGCCGCCCAGCCCUCAACCCGACCCCGGUCUGAUCAGUCUGCUGCACACCGCUCAGCCCUCCUACAGGACUCUGAUGCUGUGAUCCCGGACACGCCCGUGUGACACAGAUUCCCCUUUCUGUCUUGAGUUACAUCCAACUGGAGCGGCCAUUCUCCCACCAUCCCAACACUGGAUUCCACUCGCUCACUACGGCCUGCCACGCCCAUCCGUCGCCUCGCCCGCUCCUGAACCAUGUGAGGGCCCUUCGCUCCACUCUGAGGGGAUCCCAGGACCAUCCUGCAUAAGCCCCCCCCCCCCACCGUGCAGGGGCUAGAGACACCCUGAUCCCGAGAAAGUGGUCGCCCCCUGUCCCCCCCACCCCACCCCACCCCUCUUUCCACACCUAUACGUUCUUGAUCUCCUUCCCUGGGGAGACACGCAAUGAUGUUCCGUGACCAGGUGGGCAUCCUGACGGACUGGUUUAAGGGCUGGAACGAAUGUGAACAGACAGUGGCACUGUUGUCCCUCCUGAAGAGGGCAACGCGCACCCAGGCCCGCUUCUUGCACAUCUGCCUGGAGCACUGGCUGGCGGACUGCUCCGAGAUCCAUAUACUAGAGGCCGAGGCCAACAAUGCAGCCAUCGUCAACCAAUGGCACCAGGAGCCUAAGGAGAAGGUGGUGGCCCUGCUGCUGUCCCACCUGCCCCUGCUGCAGCCGCGCAACAGCGAGGCAAAAUGUGAGUACAUGAAUCUGCUGCAGAAGGUGCUGAGUCACACCAUCGAGAGCAGCCUCUUCGUGGAGGAGAGCCGGCAGCUGCUCUCCUACGCCCUGAUCCACCCCGCCACCACCCUGGACGACCGCACCUCCCUGGCCAUGUGGCUCAACCACCUGGAGGAGCACCUCUCCAGCGGCUACGCCCCCUCCUCCAGAGCACCCUCCAGCCCCUACCACCCGCGGCAGGGCUCGGACGAGUGGCCCAGCUCCGCGGACGCCAUGGACCCCGGCCACGCCUGGCACGACCAGUCGCCCUCCUCCAGCACCUCGCCCGCCGGCCAGAACGGACACAUGCCCUUCCCUGGGUGUAUGGUGUCGAACAGCAAUAACACAGGCCUGGGCCAGAUGCUGCCGAGCCCCCUGAAGAAGCCCAUGUCCCUUCUCCCCUGUGGGCCCCAGGCCUGUGGCUCCGAGUGGUCCAGCCAGGACGACACAGGGCUGCGGCAGGCCUUCGGGCCCUCGGACCACGCCCCGCUCUCCCCCCAGAGCAGCGUGGCCUCGUCAGGCAGCGAGCAGACAGAGGACCAGGGGUCCGCACGGAACACCUUCCAGGAGGACGGCAGCGGCAUGAAAGAUGUCCCCGCCUGGCUGAAGAGUCUUCGUCUUCACAAAUAUGCAUCGCUGUUCUCCCAGAUGACCUAUGAGGAGAUGAUGAUUCUCACCGAACACCACCUAGAGUCCCAGAAUGUGACCAAAGGGGCACGGCACAAGAUUGCUUUGAGUAUCCAGAAGCUGCGCGAGAGGCAGAGUGUGCUCAAGUCUUUGGAGAAGGACAUCCUGGAGGGAGGGAACCUGCGGAACGCGCUGCAGGAGCUGCAGCAGAUCGUCAUCACUCCCAUCAAGUACUACAGCGUGUCCAGCGCCGCCCUGAUGUCCUCGGACGCCAAGGCGGGGGACAAGGACCUGACGGCGGAGGGCUUCCAGUCCCACAACCCCCCGCCCUGCGACGGCGAGCCCUCGGCCACGCCCAUCUCGGAGGGCGACAUCGCCGGGCAGUUCACGCGCGUCAUGGGGAAAGUUUGCACCCAGCUGCUGGUCUCGAGGCCGGACGAGGAGAACAUCAGCUGCUACCUCCAGCUGAUCGAGAAGUGUCUGACGCACGAGGCGUUCACGGAGACUCAGAGAAAGCGGAUCGUGUCUUGGAAGCAGCAGGUCCUUAAACUGCUCCGCUUGGUCCCUCGGAAGGCCAUGGUGGACAUGCCAGUGUACCGACAGAAGGGUUGGGCGUAUGGCUCCAACUCGCUCCCCACAGCAGGCUCUGUGAGUGGAGGUCUGGCGCGGAGAGGCCAGAGGCAGUUCCAGAUGCCCCCCCCCCGCGGGCUCCCCACCAGCCGCAUGGGCCUGCUAAGCCCGGGUAGCAUCGGGGGGGCGUCCCCUCGCCACGCCCUCACCAACCCUGCCCUUGCCAGCCAGGGGAGACAGAACCUGUGGUUUGCCAACCCCGGGGGGAGCAACAGCAUGCCCAGCCAGAGCCGCAGCUCGGUGCAGCGGACCCACUCGCUGCCUGUGCACACGUCCCCACAAACCAUGCUUCUGUUCCAGCAGCAAGAAUGCCAAGUCCCAGGAGCAGACCUGGAAAUCAAUCCCACUCUGGAGUCACUGUGCCUCAGUAUGACGGAGCAUGCCUUAGGGGAUGGAAUAGACCGAACGUCAACAAUAUGAAAAAACACACGGCAUAACGAAGAAGGAAAAAACACUUAAUUUCAUCUUGAGGCCUGCAGUUCCUCGUUACCCAGCACAAAGAUGUACGCUUCAGAAAAACGAAAGGCAAACCGCUCACUACAAAACGACAAAAAAACUGUAUAUGUUAUGAUAUUUUUGUACUUUAUUAUAUACAACUAAGUUUAUUAUAAAUGGAAUACAGAUGAAUAUUAUAUUGCAGGAGAGAGGGCGAGGCGGGGGAGAGAGAGAGAGGUGGAGCGAGGAUAGGUUAACUGUGGGUACUCUGCCCCAUGUUGUCUGCAGGACUGGGACAUGUUGUGCAGAGGCCCAGUUUGCUGUGCUCUGACAGGAAUUGGUGUAUUGGUGCUGUCUUAAAGUUUUUUUUGCCCCCUAUUCGUUUUCUCUUCCUUUUUCUCCCAGGAAAACAAAAAGAUAAGUGUGUCUCCGAGCAGCCUUGUGUUGGAGCUAGGAAAAAUAACACAUAGCCACAGCCUCUUCACCACUUAGUGUGGAAGUUGGAUCUCCUCCCCCCCAACUAAGAGUCGGGCACUUUCUCACACACACAGACACAGACACACGCGCAAACACACAGACACAGACACACGCGCAAACACACACACACACACACACACACACACACACACACACACACACACACACACACACACACACACACACACACACACACACACACACACACACACACACACACACACACACACACACACACACACACACACACACACACACACACACACACACACACACACACAGUGAGACCGGUAACACAGAUUGCACAUUGAUUUAACGUACUCACCGGGUCAACCUGCUGCCAGGUCGCGGUUCACACACACACUCUGCUAGCCACACCUCUCGCUCUGUCGCCAGCCAACAGUGUCGAUCAAACCUUGGAAAAAAAUCUCCUUUUUGUUUAGUUUUUUUUACUUGUGUUGUAUUUCUGCUACUGCCCCAAAUAAACCUGAGGAUGAGGAUUGAAAAGCAAUUCUAGACGGCCUCCACAUUGUGUGACAGGAGCAGAGGAAAGGGGGCCUGGAGGAACGGAGCUGAUGCUAGUAACGUAACCACAGGUGGGCCCCUUUUCUAACCCCCCCAUCCCCCAGAAACCCCUGCAAACACGGACUCAGCAAAGCCAAAGUUAAGGGCUGUAUGAGGUCCCAACUCUAAACUGGAAGAUAUGACCGGUGAGACACGCCAAGAGGGGUUACCCGUGUCCCGACUAAGGGAAGGUGGCACUUUGAGGAAUACACGCCAGCUUCCACUCAUCUCUAAUAUUCUGUUCCCUGGUAAACAAAUGAUGAUGAAUCUCAUUUUGCGCCGAGGAACCCCUGCGGGCCGAGCCCGGGCUGGGGGGGUCGGCGCUGUCUAGGAAAGGAUUUUCAAUUGAACCAGGCUGAAACGGGGGGGGGGGGGGAGGGAGAGUGUGGAGUUUCAAUUUGCAAUGUAAUGCCUGGUAAAGUAACUCAGUGAUGGCCAUCUCGUGCCCCCGGGCUCCUCCGCGAUUGGCUGGAAGAUGAUAAGGAAGCUCAGGCUUUUGUUAAUGACAGCGACGGCGCCGGCCGCCUUGCCCCCGCUCGGCCUUCUCCUCAAAAUGGCCACUUUGGAGAUUUGAUGACUCAUUUUUGUUUUGAACCCGUGGUGCUCGGAAGAUUCCCCAACGUUCUGUUUGGGUGUUCAUGCCGCCGUCUCAGCCUCCCCCCCCCCCCCCUCUCACAUGAUCCCGUGGUGUCAGUGUUGAACCCAAACUCGUCUUAUACAGCCUCUGUCUUGGAAUGUGGCAGAGUAGGAGGUGCAUGUAUGUGUGUAAUAUGGUCUUAACUUUUUCGGGUUACACCUUGAGUCGCAUCGUAAGGUCAGGGAUUUAACCGUUUGCAUAUUGUUUCCGUCUCCAGAGCCAUAGGAGAUCUGUGUAGUAAACAUGGUCAUUUACAGAUGUCUUUUUUCCACUUGGAUUUUUUACUCUUCCUCGGUAUUGAUACCUUAUUUUUUUUUUUCUAUAACUGCAUGUUUUUGCCACACUAAUACAGCAAGGUUGUAGAGAGAGAGGCACGACCGUCACGGGUGAUCAGUGUCGCCUGCAAAAAACAAAACAAGAAAAAGACGAGCAUCUAUGUUGCAACUAAUGUUUGAUGUUAACGCCGCCUCUGUGUCACUGUUUACAUCUCACUGGACUAAUGCCAGCUUCAUGUGACCUCAUCAAUUAUUCCACUUGUCUCACGUUGUAAUGAAUUAAAAGCACCGAGGCCUUCUCCUCGCAAGAGAGCCGGCCCCGGCUACAGCCUGACGACGCGACGCCUUCUACCCCAGCCAACACCCAACUCCUUCUCCAUUCUGUGUCAUUGCAAAUGGGGCUUAAAUAUUAGACGCGACACAUGUAGGAGGUUACCUUUGUGGUUGUGGAGAAGAAGAAAAGUCAUUUUUCCUGGCCUUGUGAAUAAUCGUUCUGAGUCGUCACACGCUGGCUGAGACACACAGCCACCCCGCUCCCCUCCCCUCCCCCCCGGCCCCGGCCCCAUGUUCCUUGUGUCUGUUGAGUUGCAUUUGUGAUCCUACAUAGUGUUCUAGUCAUGGCUUUCUUCAGAGCAGGCUCUCGGACAGAUCUGACUUAGAGUGAAUACAUGCGAUGUUGUGCCCUCAAAGAGUGCAACGGUAAAAGGUAUACACAACUUUUAUUUCAGUUAACACAUUUUAAUCUAUUAGUUAUUACUGUAUGUCGAUGCUCUUGUGUUAUGGCUCAGAUCCCCACUUUCAUGGUGUGUGUGCUGCAGACGAGGCGACACUGCUGCUGUUUCGCAGACAGGUGCCGGUUCCUGGCCAUUACUGGGAUGACGAAGCAGGAGAUGAAAAUGCUUAUCUGAGCCAUAAUUGAUGUGAUUAUUUGUGUAAACGAACACUAAUGACAGGCCAAGGAAUAUGUUUACUCCAUGUUUACAUUCCAGUAAUAAGUUGAAUGGGUUAGAAUGUGCUAUUCAUAAAUUAGGGUAUAUUCAACAGACAACCGCCACUGUGAGGGUCACAGCUUAAUGUCAAAUUAAAAUUCUUACCAAGUUGUCUGUAAAAUAGUCAGUGUCCCUGCCUGGCUUAAUUAAUAGAACUGUCAGUUAGAGGCAAUGUUGCGACGUUGUCUUGUACAAUUUCUAUUUAAUUCUAAUGACUCCUGAGACAUUUUCUAAUAUUUUAAGAAUGAAACAUUUUGCAUCCCAUGCUUACACACUCUAAUUUUUUACUGUCACUCAUUGUAUGUUUUGGAUGGUCUGAAUUGCAGCAUUCAUCAGAAUGACAGUCCAAAUAAAGGAGUUCAAUUCUU